AUGGAACUACAUAACAUCACAUCAGCGUCUGAGAACCUCGUGACCCGUGGCUUCAGUGUCAAGGCGUUCGAUGUCUACGGCCCGUCGCUGGAGAAAGCAAAGGAACAGGGAAUAGAGGCGUGUUGUACGCCUGCAUCAGCGGCAGAGGGUGCGCAAGUGCUUUGUCUCAUGGUUGUGAACGCAGCACAAGUAGACGAAGUGCUGUUCGGUGCCGAAGGGGCAGCCGCGGCUGGGAGCUCGGUCAUCUGCUUCUCGACAGUGCCACCCAGCUAUCAGGUGAAGCUCCGCGGGCGUCUUGAUGACUUGCACAAGGACAUUGGUCUUGUCGAUGCCCCCGUAUCCGGAGGCUUUGUGCGUGCUGCGCAAGGACAGCUGAGCAUUAUGGUAUCGGGCACCGAGUCGGCCAUCAAGGUCGCGCGUCCGGUGCUCAGCGCCUUGACCAAUCCACCGGCGGGCUCGCUGGCCAUUGUCGGUAACGAUGUGGGGGCUGCCAGCAAUUUCAAACUCAUCAACCAAGUUCUCUGCGCGAUACAUAUUGCGGUGUCGGGCGAGGCCAUGGCGCUCGGUGCAAACCUUGGAGUGAAUCCUCGCAAGCUGUACAACGCUUUGAAAGAUUCAAGCUUUAUGUUUGGGAACCGCGUUCCUUGGCAGCUGCAACGCGACGGCAUCCCCAAGUCUGCCAUGACGAUUAUCCAUAAAGAUGCCGGAAUCGUCAUGGAUGAAGCCAAGCUGGCAGCGUUCCACGCUCCGCUUUCUGCCGUCGCCGAGCAGGUGUUUACCGCCGCCCUCUCGGCGGGUUUGGGCAAGGAAGACGAUGGAAAUGUUGUCAUGCUAUGGGAACGCUUGGGCGGCCGAAGCGUGGCCGAGCAAGGGUCCGCAAAAGACGCGGAGGAGGAGGCACAACAGCCUGGAGGAGAAGAGGCCAUUGAAACGAUUUCGGACUUGUUGAAUGGCGUUUACAUUGUGGCGGCAGCCGAGGCGCUCGCGUUUGCAAGGCGGAAGGGCAUGGACCUUGCCGAUGUGUUCAAGGUAGUAGGCACAUCAGCGGCCACGUCCAAACCUCUCGUUCGGUUCAAGGACGAGCUGUCCUGGCCCGACAAACACUCGCCUGUCGCCGACCAACCGAGUGUGGCCGCGACAUUGACGAGCUUGAACACUGUGCUGCGAGAGGGGAAGCGUGUGAACACGCCGCUGUUCCUCACUCAGGCUGCACAGCAAGUUUUCACCGUUGCUGCAAACAAGGGGUGGGAGCAUGAGGGAGCCAGCAUUAUUGGCAAGCUUUGGUCCUAA